AGCAUGAAAAACUAAUUUAAUAGAAAUAUUUAUUCGAAAUAACUUCUUGUAUUGGAGAGGAGUAGCCUAUCGAGUGGUAAAGUGCUUGUCUCUGCAUGGAUGUUCAGGCAGCAGGCGAGCUGUUGACGUGAUGGACGUUAGCACACAGAAGGGCUCAGAGAUGAGCAUGGCACAGUUCGUCCGCUACUAUGAGACGCCUGAGGAUGAACGUGACAAGCUGUUCAACGUCAUCAGCCUGGAGUUCAGUCACACCAAACUGGAGAAUUUGAUCAAGAGACCAACUGUGGUGGAUCUGGUGGAUUGGGUGGACAAUAUGUGGCCGCGGCAUCUUAAACAGAAACAAACCGAAACCACAAACGUCAUGUCUGAGAUGAAAUAUCCCAAAGUUCAGAGGUACUGUCUGAUGAGUGUAAAAGGCUGUUUCACUGACUUCCACAUCGACUUUGGCGGCACAUCGGUAUGGUACCAUGUCUUCAAAGGAAGGAAGGUCUUCUGGCUGAUUCCUCCAAGCCCACACAAUCUGUCUCUGUAUGAGGACUGGGUGCUGUCAGGCAAACAGAGUGAUAUCUUCCUGGGUGACCGUUCAGACAGCUGCCAGCGAGUAGAGCUGAAACAGGGCUACACGUUCUUCAUCCCUUCAGGUUGGAUCCAUGCCGUCUACACUCCAGAAGACACCCUGGUGUUUGGCGGGAAUAUUCUACACAGUUUUAACAUUCCCAUGCAGCUCACAGUCUACGAAAUUGAGAACAGAACAAAGGUGCACUCCAAAUUCCGCUACCCUUUCUUCUAUGAGAUGUGCUGGUAUGUGUUGGAGAGGUACGUGAACUGCUUGACCAGACGUUCGCACCUGAGCCUGGAGUUCGGCGUUCACGCUGGAGUGACACGUCUUGGGUAUUCUAUAGUCUUUGCAGGAGGUCUGGCGGUUUUGAGCGCUGAACCCAAGCUUGUAACUGAGAGUCUCAUCUCUGCUCCUCGGCUGGACAUGGAGGAGGACUCGUGUGAGGCGCGGUUAGAGAGGACAGAGGGGACGACCCAGCCCUCCUCAGCUGUCUCUCCCUAUCAGACCUUCAAAUCCCCGGCCAAUGAUUCUGAAGACAGCUUCAAGUCCCUGCCUUCAGAGUGUCCCAAGACUCCGUCUGGCUCACCUGGAAUGGAACAUUCCGGCAAAUGGACCCACUUGACAGACUUUGAGUUGAGUGGACUCAAGGCCUUGGUGGAGAAGCUGGAAUCCCUUCCGGAGACAAAGAGAUGCGUUCCAGAGGGAAUCGAGGAUCCACAAGCACUGCUAGAUGACGUGAAGGUUGUGCUGAAGGAACAUGCAGAUGACAAUCCAAAGUUGGCCAUCACUGGUUCUCCUAUUGUAUGCUGGCCGAAGAAGACAAGCAAGCCACGGCCGCUUAAUCGGCCAAAAUCAAAGAUGGGCUCGUCUCCAUCGGCUGCUGCAGGCUCAGCAGCGGGAGGAGUGAAGCUCUCGUCCAGCCGCGGUUCAUCUAAUGCCCGGCGCAGACGGACACGCUGCAGGAAGUGUGAGGCAUGUACACGCAAAGAGUGCGGGGAGUGCCACUUCUGCAAGGACAUGAAGAAGUUUGGUGGACCAGGCCGCAUGAAGCAGUCCUGUAUCAUGAGACAGUGCAUAGCGCCUGUUCUACCUCACACUGCUGUGUGUCUGGUGUGCGGAGAGGCUGGGAAAGAAGACACGGUAGAGAACGAGGAGGACAAGUUCAACAUGAUGCUUAUGGAGUGCUCUAUCUGCAGCGAGAUCCUCCAUCCAGCAUGCUUGAAGGAGAAGGAUUCUGGCAGUGUUGUAAAUGACGAGUUGCCAAAUUGCUGGGAGUGUCCGAAAUGCAGUCAUUCUGGAAAGACGGGAAAACAAAAAAGAGGCCCAGGGUUUAAGUACGCCUCCAAUCUCCCUGGCUCUAUGCUCAAAGAGCAGCGAAUGAACCGGGACGUAAAGGAAGAGCUGGAAUCAAACAUGUCUACUGAGUCCUACACCUCUACUGUUUCACCUGUCAUGAAGAAGAAGAAGAAGACAGAACGAGAGAACAAUCCUACCUGCAAGUCAGAAGAUGCAUUUAAGAAACGUUCUCCCAAAUUGGAGGACAACCCACUCCGCAAGAAGAGAAAACUCUUUGAAAAGGACUCAGACUCAGAUUCCAAUGUUAAGAAAAAGAAGAAGCGCUCAAAGCCUGAAGAUCUCUCAGCCUCUAAUGUCCUGGGACAGAUCAAGACCGAAAGAGAGGAUGAGGAGGAGUAUGAUGAGGUUAACAGACAAGAAUUGGAGAGGAGAGCCUUCGGUUUUGCGCCCUCAGAAGAGGAGGAUGGAGAUGAUGAAGAGGAGGAAGAAGAAGAGGAGACAAUGAAGAAGAAGGGUAGUCCAGAGGAGAAUGGGAAACUUGAACACAAGACCUCCGCUGCAUGGGAAGGUGACCAAUCACAGGGUGGUUUUACCCAGGCAGGGCCCAGUAGUGACUCGGGUGUUGAUGCACAGUUGAGGAGCCAGCGAAAAACCAAACGUAAGCCUCGCCUGCCCAACAAAGAACUGAGCAAAGAACUAAGCAAACAACUCAAUCAGGAGAUCCAGAAUACAGAGGAUCGUCUAGCACAUCAAAAUGGCAGAGCGGUGAAGACAGAACCAGAUAGUGAUGGAGAGGACAGAAAACCACUGAAGAAUGGAAGCAGCCAUCUGAGAGACUGGCUGGGGCCUAAGCGGGAACUAAACGGAUCCUUGCGAGAGCAGCUCCCGGUUAGUUGGAUCAGGACUACACCUACCCCUGUCAUUCGGCCAAAACCUUGCCGCUCUCCACCGAAAUGUGUUCAGAUGGAGCGUCAUGUUAUUCGUCCCCCUCCGAUCAGCCCCCCUCCGGAUGGGCUGCCCCUAGAUGAUGGGAAGAAUCACGUAAUGCGGAGAGAGGUGUGGAUGGCAGUGUUCAGCCACCUCACACACCAAGACCUGUGUGUCUGCAUGCGGGUCUGCAAGACCUGGAACAGAUGGUGUUGUGAUAAAAGACUUUGGACCAAGAUCGAUCUGAACCGGUGCAAGUCAAUCACUCCACUCAUGCUGAGCGGCAUUAUCCGCAGACAGCCGGUCUCCCUGGACCUCAGUUGGACCAACAUUUCUAAGAAGCAGCUCAGCUGGCUAAUCAACAGAUUACCUGGUCUGAGGAUUCUGUUGCUGGCAGGCUGUUCGUGGGCAGCUGUAUCAGCUUUAUGCACAUCCAGUUGUCCUUUGCUAAGAACUUUAGAUGUGCAGUGGGUAGAGGGACUUAAGGACAACCAGAUAAGAGACCUACUCUCCCUGCCGACAGACAACAGACCAGGUCAGUUGGACAGUAGAAGUAAACUGAGGAAUGUGGAGAAUCUCUGUCUAGCUGGUCUGGACAUAACAGAUACAUCCCUGAAGCUGAUCAUAAAACAUAUGCCUUCACUGUCCCAGUUGGAUCUUAGUUACUGUAACCACAUCACCGACCAGAGUGUCAACAUCCUCACGGCAGCCGGCACCACGACCAGAGACUCUCUCACUCACAUCAACCUUUCAGUUUGUAACAGAGUUACAGACCUGUCGUUGACCUACUUCAAGCGCUGCGGAAACAUUUGUCACAUCGACCUGCGGUACUGCAAACAGGUGACCAAAGAGGGUUGUGAGCAGUUCAUCGCAGAGAUGUCCGUCAGCGUGCAGUUCAGACUGAUCGAGGAAAAACUACUGAGCAAACUGAGCUAGUCAAUAAAGACAGUGACAAUAACUUGACCUAGAACCCAGGGAACUAACAAUCUCGCUCUCCAUUUUUUUUUUUUUACACUUUUUCAACAUAGGAUGGGUGGAGCGUAAUGCACUCCACAGAAAACCAGCAAAGACAAAAAUGACAUUGCUAAACAACACACUCCAAGCAAAAGCCUGAAUUCAUCAACAGAGCUCACAAGUGAAGAAACGUGUUCUUCUCUGGUGGCCAAUUCAGCCUUCCAAUCUGUUUUAUUGUUUUCAAUUCGUUUAGUUGUGCUGCUAAGGCAAACGUUUAUUGAUUUUUACGUUUACAAGGCACAUCUAACAGAGUGCCAACGUUAAAAUGCUGUUGAAAGGCAUGUUUACUCAUAUUUUGCAUAAAUGUUAUAAAAAAGGUUUUAUAGUCACACAGUGCAGUGUUGCAGUGACUGUUAUUUUCUUUCUCGGAAAAGAAAAAUUCAAAAUGCAUGUGCUUUUUUCGUUACCAUGCAAACGUUAAGCGUCAUGCAGUAUUAAUUUUUGUAUCAGAAGGGAUUUCACACUUUAUGUGCAGUAUUAAAUGCACUCAUAUAUAGACUUUAUUGACAGUAUUCAGUCAGUACAAAGUUUAUUUUUUUUCUACGCAGUAGGAAGUUAAGCAGAUCAUAUCUAUACUAGCUAUAGUAACUGUGCAGAUGUUUUUGUAAUGUUAAUUUAAGAUGUGAUGUCUUCUAAUGUUAUAAGAUGUUCUACAGGUACAUUCUCUUUUCCAUACAACUAUAUUACUUAUCUGGGCUUCUUUAAUAUGUAUAUAUCUGGGGGGAAACGUAUUUGCACUGUUUGACCUGAAUAAAUACUGGUAUUUUUUCCAGUAUGAUGUUUUGCUUCACGGAAUUUUGACUGUGUGAACAACUUGGUGCACAAAACUAUAUAGAGCAUCGGAUUAUUCAAGGUAAACAAGAUUUAUAAAUUAGCCUAAAAUCCGGCCGUUCAAGCAAUUA